UUCAAACGGUUGAGAUCCGGUGCCCAAGACAGGAGAAAAGUGAACCGUAUUGCUGGGGACUCCAAUGCUCAUCGGAUUAAGGAUAUUCUUCCUGAUGAUAUAGCUGUCAAAUGCCUGCCAAUCUCUGAUGAGAAUAUGUAAUGACAAUGGUAUAGAACAGUAAUUACAGUUUCAGGUUUGUUUCUAUUAAUGGUAUCACAUGUACACAUUUUUCUAAACGUUAAAACGAAAUGAUUAAUGAAAUAAACAAAAGGUUACCAUUUAAACGGUAUCCAUAUGUCAGUUAUAAAAGCGUCAUUGACAUCGCAUUUCCAAACUGAAAGUAAUGAUUAUUUCCAGAAGUUAUAUUCAGAUCAUAACCCAUUUGGGCAAUGACGUCAUAUUAAAACCAACUGUUCUUGCCGUUGUUGAGUCAUUGGGUACACAUUUUCUACUUACAUGCCGUAGUAUUUUAUAACAAAGACAAAUAAAUAUUGAUCCCACAUUUCUUCAAUAAGACUACACCUGUGUAAAAUUUUUAUUGUUUUCUACCUAACAAGAUGUACAUAAAAACGAGUAUCUGUUUAUUAAAUGAAAAAUGAAUGCGGAUGAAUAAAUGUCGGAAAAAAUUUCCUCAUGCACGUUGUGCUGACGCGCGUCAAAUGUUCAAGACAAUUCGGGGAAUGAUCAUGCAACAAAUAGCUGGAAAAUUUUCCCGAGCACUUUGUGCCGACGUGUGUCAAAUAUUCAAGCCGUCUAGGUCGUACAUGGUGUUUUGUUAUGUUUACGCUGUUGUGAAUAAGGGCCAUCUGGCACACUGUCACAUGAUCCAAAUGUAUACCAGUCUUUUUUUAACAGCUUUUAAUAAGUUUUGCAACAUUGUAACGUAAUGAACUAAAAUGGAUUAUGUUGAUAUCAACAGUCGUUUAAAUGUUUACUGUUUUUGUAAACAUUUUUGAGAAAACACGAAAUGCCACCAUUUAAACGUGAUACUCAUAGUUUCUAUAAAUGAUGUAAUUAUUUCAUUUCUUUAUACUUAAACAGUUCAAAUGUCAAGUCCUAAGCUUCGUAUGAUUACAGUAUUUGUCAUCAAUAUAAAGUUAAACUUAUUAUGCUGAUGUGCAAUGAUUGGCAUCAUUGCGUUUUCUAACUAAUUUGCAUGGUUAUAUAUUUUAUUUAAGCGUGUGGAAUAUUUUACAGAUUGUAGGGAAUUGUAAUUGCAAACUUUUCAUUUUAAUCUUGAGGCAAAGCAUGAAUUUUCCUUGUGUAUUCAUUCAUGUAUAUUUGUGAUUUAUUUACACAGACAUUCGCCAACUCUGUUUUCAAAGGUGCCAAAUUUUCUUGUGAUCGUUUUCGCCAUGCAUUGUUGAGAGACUUGCGGAAGAUGGAUGUUCAACAGCUGUAUCUUCAUCUAGGCUCAAAUGACAUUCUUACGAAUGAAGCAGUGUUUUACCGAGAUGUAGCUGACUUGUGCGUUUUGGUGCAUCAGGAGGCGCACAAUCGGUGUCCAGAAUGCAGGGUUGUUUGCUCCAACGAAUACGCUUUGCUGAGCCACUUCUGCAGUCGCCACAUCAAGCAACCAGAGACUGGAAAAGAGAGUAAAAUUAAGCUGAUAGGCUCACCAAUGAUUGCAUCUGCUAAUCAUGAACUCAACGAAGUCAGCUCAAGGAAGUGGAAGGCAUGCUUGGAAAAUAGAAGUUUCCAUUAUGAAGGAACAUACAAACAUUUCCCACCCACCAUGUGGAUCAAGAUGUUUGGGCUGAUGAUUCUGGGUCGUAUGUGUGGACAAGGUGGUCUUCAUUACAUCAUGAUGCAGCUGUGUAUUCAACAACAUGUUAACCUGUCCCAGCCGAUGUUGAUGCUCUUAAAUGAUGUUGAGAACAAUCCAGGACCGGAGUAUUCGUGCAAAUGGAUAUCCUGCAAGGAAGACUUCCACUCCAUAGGACAGCAAGAUGCACAUAUCAUCUCUCAUGUGGUUCAAGAGAAAUGCUGUAGAUGGGGAGACUGUACCAAAGUCCUGAGCUUUAAUAGUCUUGAAAUCCAUGAACUUAAACAUCUCUAUGAUGUGAGUUUAGCACUGUGUAUGAACUGGUGUUGCUUCAUUUUCUGCAUAUCUUUAUCUCAGUCUUCUCUAGUUUUGAUGGUCAAAUACAUAUUGUCUGCCAGUUUUUUUCCCCCAAUACUGCCGUUCAUCGUUUGCUUGCAUCAAGAGUUUUAAAAGAAAUUAAAACUCAUUUGUUUAGUUAGAAUCUUAUGAAAGACUUAAAUGGCCAUGUUUAAUACAAUUGUAUAACAACAUAUACGAGCUAAAAAAAUAGUUGGAAUAAUUAAUGUAUAUAUGAACAUAACAAAUUUACUUAAAAUCA